AUGUCAUUUAACCUGUUUGGCCUGUUGGCCAUGAUCUCAACUGAAGUAGCCAUCCGCAAGAUUGCGGUCCACCUUACUCCAAUAAAGACCUUUAUCCAGGAUGGGGACAACUUUGUGAUUAAGACACAGAGUGCCUUCAAGAGCUAUGAGCUUCGCUUCGCUGUUGGAGUUGAGAAGGAAGAAUUUACUAAGGGAUUUGACAACAGGAUGCUAAAGACUCUGGUGACCUGGGAAGGAGACAAAUUGGUGGCCAUCCAGAACGGUGAGAAAGCCAACCGUGGAUGGAAACACUGGAUAGAAGAUGACAAACUUUAUCUGGAGCUGACAUGUGAGGACGCUGUGUACCAGCAAGUGUACAAAAGAAAAGACUGAUUUGUCAUGUGAUUCAGUUCAUGCUGUUCUACUAUCAAGUCUAUCA